AGCAACCCAGAUGUCCAACAACAGCUGAGUGUCUGAGAAAGUUGUGGUCUAUAUACACAAUGGAAUACUACUCAGCUAUUAAAAUACUGAAUUCAUCUUCUUCACCACAUCUUGGAUGGAGCUUGAAGGAAUCAUGAUAAGCGAGAUAAGUUAGAAAGAGAAGGAUGAAUAUGGGAUGAUCUCACUUAUAGAGAGAAAUUGAAAAACAAGAACAGAAGGGAAAACACAAAGCAGAACUUAGGCUGGCUUUGGUGUGUUGUGCCAAAGUAAAGGACUCUGGGAUGGGUAGUAGGGCUCGUGUCCUGGAACAUGUUGGCAUAGGAGGACCUAGUGGGGGUUGAAUUUUUAUGUGGAAAUCUGGGAAAUGUUAUGCAUGUACAAACUAUUGUAUUUUACUGUUGACUGAAAACCAUUAAUCCUCUAAUAAAGAAAUUGAAAAAAAAAUGGUUGCCAAGGUAGAAGAGCUGUUCAGGUGUGGCAGGAGUCAACCUGCAAUGGCAGACAAUAAAUAAAUGUUAACUCUGCCCUCUACGAGGCAAAAACAGCAUGUGGACUUCUUUUUUUUUUUUUUUUUUUGGUCCUAGUCCUCAUUCCUUGCCCUCCCCCCUCCUUACCUUCUUUUGUUUAGAUAACUUUCUUUGUCUUCCAAGACCUGGGAAGGGGACGGGACUUAUUUCAUAUUUUAGAAACUGGACUAGGAGUUAGAUGGAAGAACUUUUCUGAAAUGAGAGUGAACUGAGUGUCAAUUUUUGUUACUCAGUAAACCAAUUACAGAACAUUGUUGUUGAAAUACUAUUAUUAAAAUCCUGCAAGUUAGUUAGUUUAUUUAUUUUAAGCUUUAUUUAUUGGCAGAAAAUCAGAGAAGUCAGAGCACUACUCCAGUAGAUGUGGCACCAGGGAUCAAACCUGAGGCCUCAUGCAUGCAAGUUUGAUGAUCUACUGCAGAGCCAUCUCUUUAGCCAAAACUGGUAUCUCUCUUAGUCAGGGAUGAUUCAGCUGAUAUUUUUUGUUCCUUUUCAAGUGUCUUAAUCAGCUGGAACCAGUUUUACCCACUGAUGAGGAAUAAUCUCAUCUAGAAAUCUGGGAGUUGGAAGCAUGUUGACUGGAGUCCCAUCUGCUAGCAGGCCUCUGGAAAUGGCAGUUUGACUCUCAGCUUUGUAACAAAUCAUGGAAAAGUCCAAGACAAGGAAAGAAGACUUCAAGGUCUGUGGAAGCAAUAAAAUAAAAUAAAAUAAAAUAAAAGGCUCAGGUGAGGUUCGGUACCAUCACUGUGGAAAACUGGUGGCCUCAAACUCAAUUCUGAAUCGUUUCAGUAAAUACCAUGGCAUCUGCCCUCUCAAUAUCUGAGAAAAUGAGGGAGGAAGCUACCUGUUCCAUCUGUCUACAGCUGAUGACAAAACCAGUGAACAUCGACUGUGGACACAGCUUCUGUCGCUUGUGCUUAGUGGACAUCACUAAAAACCAACACUCUUUGACGUUUCAGGGGAUGUUGAACUGUCCCCUGUGUAGGUCACCAUUUCAAAGUACAAGUCUCCGGCCUAACAAGCAGCUGGAAAAUCUCAUUGAAAUUAUUAAGGAGAUGGAUCAUGAUGUGUGUAAGGAUCAUGGAGAGCAGCUCCACCUAUUCUGUGAAGACGAUGGCCAACUCAUCUGCUGGCGCUGCGAAUGGGCACCACAGCACAAAGGGCACCUUACAGCUCUUGUUGAAGAUGUCUACCAAAGCUAUAAGAAAAAGCUCCAGGAAGCUGCAACCACAGUGCGUGUCCAUGAAUACAAGUGUAGGGUUCAGAAACUGUUCACAGAAGAUCAAAUAAAGGAAUGGGAGGAGAAGAUAGAACUCAAGAGACAGGAAAUCCAGUCUGACUUUACAAAUCUUCAUAACUUCCUUCAUGAGGAGGAGAAGUCUUAUCUUUGGAAACUGGAGAAAGAAAGAGAACAGAUUCUGAAGAGACUGCGGGACAGUGAAGUCAGUCUGGAUAAAAAGAGCCAUGAACUCCAGACUCACAUCCUGGAGCUAGAAGAGAAAUGUCAGGGUUCAGCCCAGAAUUUGCUACAGGAUGUGAAAAACACCUUGAUCAGGAGUUCAGGAAUGAAACUAGAAACACCAGAGGACAUCUCUUUGGAUAUUCACACUAUAUGCAAUGUUCCUGAAUUUUAUUUUGAUCUGAAAACCAUGUUAAAGCGUUAUCAAGUCAGUGUGACUCUGGAUCCAGAUACACCUCAUCAUGAACUGAUUCUGUCUGAGGACCAGAGACAGGUGACUUGCGGAUGUAACCAGAGGAAGAUUAUCUCUUCUAGAAGAUUCAGCAUCUUACAUUGUGUCUUGGGCUGUGAGAGUUUCACCUCAGGAAGAUAUUAUUUUGAAGUUGAUGUGGGAGAAGGAACUCAGUGGGAUUUAGGAGUGUGUCUGGAAAAUGUGCCGAGGGAUAUUACCACGAUUCAGGGACCUCACUCUGGAUUCUGGGUCAUCAGACUGUGCAAUACAAAAGGGUAUGUAGCCCUUACUUCUCCCCUAACUUCUCUUCCUCUGAAGGAGAAGCCCUUGGUUGUUGGGGUCUUUCUAGACUAUGAGGCUGGACUUGUAUCGUUUUACAACAUGACUACUGGUUCCCAUAUUUUCACCUUCCCCAAGGCCACCUUCUCUGAUACUCUCAGGCCAUUUUUCCAGGUUUAUCAUUAUUCCCCUUUGUUCCUGCCUCCCCCACAUGAGUAAGGCAAAGAGGAAAGUUUCUUUUCUGGUUUAUCCAGCAUAGAAAACAUAAUGUCAAUCCAGAUGGGGUAAGAAAUUUAUCUUCUGGGGCCUGGGUGGUGGCUACCCAGCUGAGGGCACUUUAUCAUGCCAAGGACCUAGCUCAAGCUCGAGCUCCCCACCUGUGGGGUGUGGGUAGGGUAGAGGGAGUUUCACUAGCAGUGAAGCAGGUCUCUUUAUUUUUUCUCUGUCCUUCUUUUCUCCCCUCCCACUUUCAAUUUUUCUCUAUCCUAUUAAAUAAAAAAAAGGAAAAAACGUCUGGCAGGAGCAGUGGACACAUCUUGCAGGCAUCAAGCCCCAGUGAAAACCCUGGUGGCAAUAAAAAUAAAUAAAUAAGUAAAUAAUCACCUUUUUUAAAAGCAUUUUAUUUAUUUAUUGGAUAGUGACAGAGGAGGAGUCAGGUAGUGGCACAUCUGGUUAAGCACACAUACUACAGUACAGAAGGACCUGGGUUCAAGCCGCUUGUUCCCACCUGCAGGGGGGAAAGCUUCAGGAGUAGUAAAGUCAAGCUGCAGGUGUCUUUAUGCCUCUCUACCUCUCUAUCUCCCCCUCUUCUCUCAAUUUGUCUCUAUCCAAUAAUAAAUAAAUAAAAUGCCAGACCUUCCACCUUCUGUACCCCAUAAUGACCCUGGGUCCAUACUCCCAGAGGACAGUAAAGUUAUCAAGGGAGGGGAUUGGAUACGGGGUUCUGGUGGUGGGAGUUGUGUGGAAAUGUACCCCUCUUAGCCUAUAGUCUUGUAAAUAUUUCCAUUUUAUAAAUAAUAAUAAAAAAUAAAUAAAUAAAAGAAAUUGAGAGGGAAAUAAAGAGGGAGAGAAGGAAAGACCUGCAAUACUAGUCUAUUGUUCAUGAAACUUACACCCUGCAAGUAGGAACCAGGGGCUCAAAUCACUGCCCUGCCCCCUAGAAAUUCGUCUUCUUCACUGUUAUUGUUAUAUAUCUAAAAGAGUAGUGAGUUUUAGUGGAUAAUUGUUAAAACUACACUGAAUGAUAGGAUGGGAAGAUUAUGCCAUAGACAAUCAACAUCAGCGGAAGGAAAAUCAAGAUGAUAACUGUGAUCAUGUAUUACUUUCUCCAUCCCACUUCAGUGAGUCUAGAUCCUGAGAAGGACUCAUAGUAUCUCUUUAUGGGAAGUUCCACGUUAUGACUCGAGUCAGUGGUAAUAUAAAACAGUUUAACUGGGGGAAAUUCACACCACAGUAAUGCCAGCAAACAAAUCAAUUAGCAAUAAAGAGACUAAUAUCAACAUACAGUUCAAUUAACAUCACUGAAAGGGUGUUCCAGGAGCCAUUUCUCUGCUUGAUAGAAGCUAAUCCUUGAAACAACAGAAGCCCUUGAGAUAAGUUUCUAAUUCCCAUAGGAAGGAUGUUUGCCAGAAACUAAGUGACAUACCAUAUAGUUAUAGUGACAAUACCAUAUAGUUAUAGUUUAACAAAAAAUAGUUGCAAGGGACCCUCCAGCAUCUCUGCCUCCCCCUUCCCCCUAUACUCCCCCUUCCCCAAAGCCUUAAAAUGC